AGUUUCUAACCUAAAUAGGUAAACAAAUACAAUCAAUUUUAAAUAGGUAUAAAUAACAGAAAACUUAUGGAAAACAUUGCUUAGAAGUCACCAGUCAUCAGUCAUGUCUAACAGAGAUACAGAGUUUAUAAUGGAAUUAUUUUUAGAUGAUAAUGUUUCGACAAUGAACAGGCUAAUAGUAGCUACGGCUAAUGUAAUCAGUGAAAAUUUAGAAAACGUUUCGUAUGUGAACGAUGCUCUCAUGAAGGAACACCCUCUAGCUCUGGACUCGGUUUCGAGCAGACCCUCAUCCAGUUUACCAGUUUUGAGAGAAGAUUUCUAUGAGGAAACAGUGAAAAAUUUCUCUGAGGAAGAUUAUUAUGACAGGUUUAAAAUGAGUAAAACUACCGUUGAGGCACUAAUCAACUUUUUAAAAGAAUAUGUGAAACCUGGCUCUUCGAUUGUACCACUCAAUAAGAAGGUGCAUGUAUUUCUGUGGCUGCUAACAAAUGAUGUAUCAUUUAAAGAAAUUGGAGAAUUGUUUGGUUUGCACAAGUCCUCCGUUAGCUACAUUUUCCAUGAGAUAGCAACUUUGGUUGCAGAACAAAGAAAUCAGUUCAUAAAUUGGCCAUCCUUGGAAGAGCAACAUGUUACUAGGAUUAAAGUUAAUAGUAAAUAUGGGUUCCCUAAUUGUAUAGGUUUUAUUGAUGCUUGCCAGUUAAAAGUUGGUUCGAGGAGAAAAAGGAGAGAAAAACCUGAAAUUAUUCUCCUACAAGCUGUUUGUGACGAGACACUUAUGUUCAUUGACAUACAUGUGGGAGAAAUAGGUAUAACACGAAAAGGCAAAGUCUUCCGGGAAAGUUUCAUAUCACAGGAGCUCAAGAAUUUAGUUGACUUUGAUAAUCACAUGUUAGGAGAUGCAGACUAUAAAUUACGGAUGAAUUUAAUCACACCAUUUACUUGUGAUGAAGUUAUAACAAGCGAAGAAAUGAGAUUUAAUGCAGUGCAUUGGAAAGCACAUAGUUAUAUCAGACAAGCAUUUGAUAUUUUAAGAGAUAGAUUUAGGAAGUUGAACCUUAUAGACAUAAAUACACCUGAAGCUGUAAAUACAUUGAUAUGUGCAGCAUGUGUUUUACACAAUUUCGUUCUCCUUCAAGAAGGUAGCCCAGUCAAGGAAGAAGUAGUUUUAAUUGAUGAGGGCAUUACCAUUGAUACUGAUGUUGUUGAUACAGCAGCGGAAAAACGUCAGUUUUUAUGUAAUUAUAUCAGUUAUUUUAAUAAUUCUAAAACAUUUCAGCAAUAAAUAAUGUUUUAUAACUUAAAUUGAUUUUUAACAAUUUUUAGUUUUUUUUUAUAAACCAGUUGGUACUUGUUUGUUUGUUGGUUUGAAUAUCUGUUAUUCAUGGUAAGUCAUAACAAUGAUAUUCUAUAGUAAGGAUCUCAAGCAAUUCAAUCCUGACCUGUACUUGACCUGUAUUUUUAAUCCAUUGAAGAUUUUCUAAGAAAAAAUAUUUUAUAUCGCUCAGUGAAACAGGAAUGUAGAACCAACCAAUGUCAAAUGAGUUUGAUGGCUUUAAUUCAUCUGAAGAAUCACUCUGAGUUGGGCAAGAUGAAUAGCUUUGUCUGAAAAAGUACCAAACAGAUUGAUACACUUUACCACAAAGUUCAUAAAAUUCAUUCAUUUAACAGCCUGUUCUAUGCCCUGGCGGAAUUUCCAUAAAAAAACCUUUUUAGUAGAGGGUUAGGUACUACAUUCAAUAGUAGUUCAAUAUCAUUGCUAUCAUUGGUGUCAGUGAUUGAUCAGCUUCUUCUUUAUUUAUUUAUAUUUUAAUAUAUAGAUAGAGAAAUGUAUGUCUAAAAUUUUUGUUUGUAUUUUGAAAAGAAAUAAAACUAUUUACAUUAUUAUUAAAUUAAAAUGUAAUAAAACAUAUCCAUCUACAACAAUAAUCAGGACAAUUGAUAAAACCGCACAAUAUUUUCAAUUAAUUUAUUUAUUACAAAGAAUAUAAAUAAUACAUAUUUUGAUGUAGGUAUACAAUACAAUCAAUUUUAUCUGAAUGUAUAUGUACAUUGUUUGUGUAAGGAUACAAUACAGUAACUGUUUUUUUGCAAUCAUGCAAGUUUCACAUAAUAAUUAUAGUUUAAUUAUCUAUAAAAUAUAAAAAACUUUUAAAAAUAAAAAUUUCCUAACUUUUAAAGAGUUUAUUUCGCCUCAUCUAUAACUAUAUAUAAUAUAUAGAACUCUUUCUAAAGUUUACAUAGCAGAAGAUGCAGAAAUAAUUUCCGCUUUCUUAACAACUUUGUUUUGCGGUGGGAAUACAUGUUAAUUUUUAUUAGAUCUCUGGUGGUUCCUUCAGCCUAGCAUUCAAAUUCACAUUUUAGGAUACAACUUUAUGGACUUUAAGAUAAGUAAAAUAAUAACCGACAUAGGACAGAAUUUGUGGAAAUGAGGUUGGUAGAUAUGUAGUGAUUUAUAGAUAUACAUAUCUCUAAGAAGCGGCGUAAGCUUACAAAAUACUUGUUUGCAUAAUUAUAAAUCAAUACAGGUUCAUUAUCAAAGCUUUUAAGCUUGGAACAUAAUACUAUGUAACAAGAGAACAAACAUAUUAUGUAUACUUAAGUAUAUAAUAUCUUCCUGAUGUAUCCUACAGUACAUUAGGCACUAGAUUGGCAACCUACAAGGCACUAUGCAGUUAGCACAGCAAUUUAACAUGUUCGUAAUAUUAUUUUAACAAAUUUUAUACCAUUUACUAUUUAAA